AGCUGCUGCUAAAGUGCUGAUGUCAGGGAAGAGUGCAGUAGUGUAUGGUGCAGUCUGAAUAAGAAAUGCAAUGCCAGCUACAGCCAUCCUGAGAUUGUCUCAUCACCAUUCCUGUGUGCUCACACAUAUACACAGUCUGGGGGUUCGGGAUCAUGGCGCUCAUUAAGAAACCCCUUCUGUUUUUAAUUUUGCUCGGAUGUACACUGCAAGCUGUGCAACCUAAACGAUCUGUGAGAUGCCCGUCCACAUGCAGCUGUACAAAAGAAUCAGUCAUUUGUGUCGGAUCUUCCUCAAUCCCAAAGAGCCUCCCCAGCGACAUCAGCUCCUUAAGCCUCGUCAAUGGGACUUUUUCUGAGAUCAGGGAGAGAAUUUUUACUCAUCUGCCAACCCUGCAGCUGCUCUUGCUGAAUUCUAACUCAUUCACAGUCAUUCGAGAUGAUUCCUUUGCUGGUCUCUUUCACCUUGAAUACCUAUUUAUUGAAGGGAAUAAAGUAGAAACCAUUUCGAAAUAUGCAUUCAGAGGACUUCGAAAUCUAAUCAAUCUCUCCUUGGCCAAUAAUCACAUUAAGACUUUGCCAAGAGACAUCUUCAGUGAUUUAGAUUCUCUAAUUGAACUAGAUUUGAGAGGCAAUAUGUUCGAGUGCGACUGCAAGGCAAAGUGGCUAUUUUCGUGGCUCAAGAUGACAAACUCAACUGUCUCUCAUGUUUUGUGUUCCGGUCCUUCUGACUACCAAGGGAAAAAGUUAAAUGAAGUGGCAAGUUUUGAUGCUGAAUGUAUAACAACAGAUUUCAUUGAUCAUCAGAGUCUGCCCUAUCAGUCUGUAUCAGUGGAUACCUUUCAUUAUAAGAAUGAUGUCUUUGUGGCAAUUGCACAGCCUAGCAUGGAAAACUGCAUGAUUCUAGAAUGGGAUCACAUCGAAAUGAACUUUAGAAUCUAUGACAAUAUCACAGGUCAGUCAAUUGUUGGAUGCAAAGCUAUCCUCCUCGAUGACCAAGUGUUCAUGGUGGUGGCACAACUGUUUGGUGGGUCCCAUAUUUACAAGUAUGACGAGAGUUGGGCCAAGUUCACCAAGUUCCAGGACAUAGAAGUCUCACGUAUUUCCAAACCGAAUGACGUAGAGCUCUUUCAGAUUGAAGGUGAAACAUUUUUUGUCAUUGCCGACAGCUCGAAGGCUGGUCUGACUACAGUCUAUAAAUGGAAUGGCAAAGGCUUCUACUCGUACCAGUCACUUCAUGAAUGGUUCAGAGAUACUGAUGCAGAACUAAUUGAAAUCGAUGACAAGUACCAUCUUGUCUUAUCCAGUAGGUCUCAAGUACCUCUCAUCUUGCAAUGGAAUAAGAUCACUAAGAAAUUCACCCCUCACAGUGACAUUCCAAAUAUGGAGGAUGUCCUAGCAGUUAAAAGCUUUAGAAUGAAAGAUGAACUCUAUAUCUCUUUGACCAGAUUUAUCGGAGACUCAAAAAUCAUGAAAUGGAACAAUAACCAGUUCAAAGAAAUCCAGGCUCUCCCGUCUCGUGGCGCUAUGAGUUUGCAGCCUUUUUCUUUUAAGGACAGAUACUACCUUGCGCUAGGAAGUGAUUAUACAUUUUCACAGAUUUACCAGUGGGAUGUAGAGAAGAAGAUCUUCGAGAAGUUUAAGGAAAUUUACAUCCAAGGUCCUCGUUCCUUCACUGCAGUAUCCACAGAUCGUAGGGACUUUUUAUUUGCGUCUAGCUUUAAAGGAAACACACAAAUACUUGAGCAUGUCAUUGUUGAUCUGAGUUUGUGAAUGCUGCCCCUCUGAAAGGCACAAGGUAUCCUUUUUACUUUCCUCACUGCGAGACUCGGAAAUCUCAAGAAUGAAAGAAAAAGAAAAAUGGAACAUAUGUAGGUUUAGGCGUUCUACUUUAGAAGAACAGAAGCUGUGUUUCAAUCAAAGGCAGUUUUUGGUUAAUUGCAUGACUGUGUAUAUUUUAAUAACUUUCAAUAAUUUUAUAACCAAUACCAGGAAACUGCUUUGGAAUAAUUUUAACAUAAGUAGGUACUGAUAAGCCGUGCAUUUUGAAUAAGACAAAUAAUUUAGGUAUUUCAGAUUUAAUAUCAAUCAUUCUGAUUGUCUAGUGUAAUAUGUAUUGAUAAGGCCAUUUUAUGCUAUAAGUUUCAGUCAUAUAAGGUCAGGUGUAUAAUGUGUUUUCUUUUGGUCAAUACCAUUUUUUUUAUAUUAUUGUACUGUUGGCUACAACAGCCAAUUUUAGUAAUAUCUCUAUAAGAUGAACAUCUCAAGCA